GGUCGAUGUAUGAGCGAACUGGCAACACAGCAUUGAAGAGGGGAAGCUACCGAAUAGAAUGAGCGGUGUUCGGCGUCAGUAGCUCGUGAAACACGGUCAGGAGAGGUUAUCAAAAUGGAGUCCUCCACUUCGCGUCCCGCCACCUCCAUUCCGAUUCCUUCUCGAGUUGUUUUGCGCGGCAUCAUUCAGUUUCUUUUUGCUCAAGAUUUUAAAUCGGUUGAUAUUCACAAACAGCUUGUUUCUGUAUAUGGAGAGAGUGUGAUGAGUGAAUCUAUGGUGCGGAGAUGGGUCCGAGAAUUUAAGGCAGGAAGACAUUCGCUUGAAGACGAAAGUGGGAGAGGCAGACCCUCCCUUAUCACGGAUGAGUUGACGACAAAAAUUGAAAAUGCGAUUCGCAAAAAAAGCUGCGUCGGGCCAUUCAGAACAAAAGAAGGGGGAUGUUGACGGCAGGUGUGUCCCUUCUUCACGACAAUGCUCGGCCGCACGUCGCUGCUUCAACAACUGCACUUUUGAAUCAGUUUAGUUGGGAUGUUUUGACCCACCCACCGUAUAGCCCGGAUCUAGCACCAUCGGACUACCAUCUUUUUACGAAACUGAAGGAGUCCUUGGCCGGAAAACGCUUCCAAAGCGACGAGGAA